AUGGGAGUCUUGACACCCUUCAAAGCAGCAGUGCUGGUCAACAGCAUAUCAGAGCUCGACUCCUCCUUCAAAGCCGCGUUUCAAGAGCGCAUCAUCAGCGCCUGCCCUGGCGCGCAAGUCGACUUCUUCGAUCCAAUAGAAGUCCAGAUAUACCCCGAGCCAGGUCAAUACGACUUGAUUGUUUUAAGCGGCGGUACCGCAGACGUCAUGGCAAAGGAUAUUUCUUGA